CUGAAAAAAAACUCUGAAGUAUGAAUCUCUAAGUUCUUACACAUUCCACAAAGGUAGUUGCUAUGAUCUUCUUUGCCAAAACUUUCAGGCAAGAACUGUAGUAUCAAUAUUAAUGUCUGAGAUGCACAACUUUCCUUUCUUCAGGUCCUGGCAGUCUUGGACAAGUAUAAUACAAAGAUGAUAGUGGUGUCCAUUGGUCGGUAUGACCCUACAACUUUAAGGUUUGAGUUGACCAUUCAUGCUAGAGAGGCCUUACUGUGUAACCCAAAGUUCCCGAGUGAGCAUGUCAAGAUGAGAAAACUUAACAUUCUCCUGAAGCCGAUAAUGUCCCACUUCUUUGGAUUAGCUCCACCUGUGAGAGACCAACACACUUGCUCAAAAAAGCAUGAUAUUGAGGCCCUGUACACUGCUAUCAAGUCAGCACAUGACCAGGAGGAGAUAGCUACUAGUGUUGAGGUUCAGCACCCAAGUCUCAUUCCCUACCUAAGGCCAUACCAGAGAAAGGGCGUUUCCUGGAUGCUAUCUCAGGAGGGGUUCAAGGUCAAGACAGGUCAAUCUACAGAUAGCUUACACUCAAAUACAGAGUUACCCCUCCACAUGUUGUAUGAGGAAGUAAAGACACCAGAUGGCAGCACUUUAUACUACAAUAAAUACAUGGGAAGUUUAACAAGGGAGCAUCAGGAGAGAUUGGUAGUUCCUCCUGGUGGGAUCCUGGCAGAUGAAAUGGGUCUGGGUAAGACUGUGGAGGUACUUGCCUGUAUUUUAUUACACAGGAGUCCUCUAAUUGAGCAGCCUCCAAGACUACCUACACUGAAGGAUAUGAAAAUUGAAAAUGACGGAAGCUACAGGCUUAUUCAUGUGAAAUAUAUUCAUGUUAAAGUGAUAGAUAAAUCACAGAAUACACUUACUGAAGUUAAAAAGGAAGUUGUAGACUCCCUACCAGAAAGUAAACGUGAUGUGACUGUGGCAGCAGAGAAUGCUGAUGUCCCAGUAAAUCAGAGUAAGAUAGAAGUGGAAGAGGGUAAGAACAUUAACACUGGGUCAACAUGUGUAGUACAAACGGAAGGCUGUAUCAAGGCAGAUCUACAGGAGAACAACCCUGAUGGACAGACAGAGGAUGGGAAUGUAGGGGACAGACAGGUUGCAGAUAGACAGAUUGAGGACAGACAGGUAGUGGAUGGACAGGUUGAGGACAGACAAAUUGAGGACAGACAAAUUGAGGAUGGACAGGUAGUGGAUGGACAGGUUGAGGACGGACAAAUUGAGGAUGGACAGGUAGUGGAUGGACAGGUUGAGGAUGGAAAGCUAGAAGAUGGACAAGUAAAGGAAAAUGGCCAACUAAAAGAUGAAGAUGAAGGCCCAGAUGACAUGGCUGAUAGCUGUAAAAUAUCCACCGUCUGUGGAAAUCCAGAGAACCUUUCCAAGGACACAAGUAAUCCAGGAACUAAUAGUGGUAUACAGUCUGUCAUAAAGGAUGAAGAUGUAAUAGAUGUGGACAUGACUAGACCCAAGGUUAAUGGAGAAGAUAAGAUUCCAGGUGGCAGUGUGAACAAGGCAGAGAUGGUUGGGCUGCAGACAGCAGCAGGCAGUCAGUCAGUAAAAAAAGUGGUGAAAAAGCGAAGACGAAAGAAAUGGACCCUGAAGAAAAAACCUCGUCGAUCAUCGCAUUUUAGCUUUGUGGAUGUAGGGGAUAGCAGCGAGGAUAGUAGAACAGAUGGAGUUGUGACAGAGAAUGGCAAGAUAAUUGCUGAAUGUGACAAAGAGCAACCUCAAAAAGUUCCAAAACAUAAUAAAAAGAAAGCAAAAUCUGUAAAGAUGAAGCAAUUGCAGUUAGAAAAAGUAAAAAGUAAUGGGGUAACAGAUAAAAGUGUUAAAAAACAAAAAGGUCAACCAAGAAAAGGAGCAGUACCAUCUCGAUUUGUAGAGGUGGUAGAGGCAUCUUCUUUCAAGCCGAAGUACCAGUUCUCUGCCUCCAGCCCAAUUAAACGGCAGCAUUUCUUUGAGUGUAUUUGUGGGGCUACAGCAGCAGGAAUUGGUGACAAGAAACACUCUGUUCAGUGUGUUGAUUGUGGUCUACAGCAGCAUGCGGAGUGUGUCCACUAUGACCUUGAUGAUCCCUUCAGGGGCAACUUUCGCUGUCCUCACUGCCAUGCGUCAUCUCCACCCAUCAAGUCUGGCGCUACGCUGAUUAUCUCCCCUUCAUCAAUCUGUCACCAGUGGGUGGACGAAAUCCUGAAGCAUAUCUGCAGCCAGUCUCUCAAAGUGUUUGUAUACACUGGAGUGAACAAGCUGGGAUUUAUACAGCCACAUACCUUAGCCAAACAGGACAUUGUCAUCACCACUUACGAAACUCUGCGAAAGGAGAUAGACUAUGUAGACCUUCCUCAUUCAAACAGUGACACAGCACGAAAGUUUCGUCACCCAAAGCGCUUCAUGGCAGUACCAAGUCCAAUGACAGCAGUGGAAUGGUGGAGGGUUUGUCUGGAUGAGGCCCAGAUGGUGGAGGCUACUACUAGUAAGACUGCCGAGAUGGCCCUACGCUUGAGUGCUGUUAACAGGUGGUGUGUUACAGGGACUCCCAUACAGAAAAGUGUAUCAGAUGUGUAUGGGCUGAUGCUGUUCCUGGGAAUGGACCCUUAUUGGGUCAAGCAUUGGUGGAUGACCCUGCUGUAUGACCCCUUCUGUCAUGGUGACCCUCAACCUCUCCACAAUGUUCUUUCCAGUGUGCUGUGGCGCAAUGCAAAAAAGGAUGUACUUGAUCAGAUCAAUAUUCCAGACCAAUCAGAACAUGUUCAUUGGUUGACGUUUUCCCCAGUGGAGGACCACUUCUACAGGCGCCAGUACAGAGAGUGUGCCACAAUGGCUAGGCGGAGUUACAGCAAAUGGACGGACAUGAGUACAAAGUUGAGCAGCUUAGACAGACUCACAGUUAGUCAGUUGCUGUCACCGUUACUGAAGCUUCGUCAAGCCUGCUGCCAUCCCCAGGCUGUUCGUGGUGAAUUUAUCCCUCUACAAAAGAAUACUAUGACAAUGGAGGAACUAUUGGAAUCUCUCACAAAGAAGGCCCAAUUAGAAUGUGAAGAGUCACAUAGACAACUGGUCGCAGCAAUCAAUGGAACAGCCGGUCUCCAUAUCAUACGGGAAGAGUACAAAGAAGCAGUAGAUACUUACCGUGAGGUGUUGUGGUCAGUAGAGGAACAUAAAGAUUAUCUGAGGACAGACAAACUACAGUUGUUACACACCCUCUACAACCUCAAUGAGAUCCUGUCCCUCAAACCAGAGGGCGUGGCACCAACACUUCGGGAUGGACUUCUUAAACAACAGGCAGACGACCUAAGGAAAAAUUAUACGACAAAGGCUGAAGCUAAAGUAACAUCAAGUCAAAGUUCACUGAUGCCGACUCAGCAGAGCAUGGCUCAGUUCAGGGCUGAGCUAUCUGACGGGUUGGAGUGGUGGCUAGAUGUCAUCAAGUUUGCAGAGGAGAGACAGACAGAUGAAAUCCUAGUCGAAAUGGUGAAAAGUGAACUGCUGAGAGACUAUGUUAGCAACCAUACUAAUCCACAUGUGUCCAUGGCCCGUCUUUUUCAAGGUUCUCGAGGCCUUGAACUGACAAUACACGGUAAACUGGUGGCCCUGGAAUCUGCACAUGAGAAACUUUUACAAGGGAUUAGGAAGUUGUGUGAGCCGUUGACACAGGACAUGGUGAAUAUGUCGGUGGAGUGUUGCCUUCGACCAGUGGGGCAGAUACCUAAGAGCUGCCACCUCUGCCUUGUUGACAAGCUUUUUGAGGACUAUGAAUCCAAGUUGUUUUCUUUCACCCAGAAACCUAUGACUACAGUGGGUGAGGACCACACCAAUACCACACGGAGGCAGGGAACCUGGGCUGACAGCGAGCUGGAGAAAUCUCUCAAGGUCAUCUUGAGCUUUGCUAAGCUCUACAAAGUUAGUAACUACCUGAUAGAGUUUGGAACCACACACAUCAAACUGAUGGAUAACCUAAAGAAGGAAUUCAAGAAUCUGCGCUCCGUGUGGAUGUCCAAGCAUGAGCAGUUCCAGGCACUAGAUGAAUUGGACAUGGCGACGACCAGACUGAGGCUGCGUCUUCCUGAUGAGGAUGUCCCCAACACCACACAGCUUAAUGUCCUUGAGCCUGCUGAGCUUGAGCAGCAGAAGUUGAAACUAAGGACAGAGAAAAUUGUAGCAGAGAAUGAACUACGUAAGAAAGUUGGUCAGCUUUUCUAUCUGAAGAACCUGUCAAAGAAUCAGAUUGAUAAUGAGGAUGGAGUAAACCCAGAUCCCUGUCCAAUAUGUCAGCGGGAGCUCGGUGUAGAGUGGAGUGUUGUACAGUGUGGCCACUGCUACUGUAUAGAGUGUAUACGUGUCAUGGUCAUCCAGUACAGCUUUGGUACCCAGAACCGGCGCCUAAAAUGUGCUGUAUGUCGUCAGCUCAACUUCAUCAGUGACAUUUCAUACGUCAGUACUAAGGUCACGCCUGUUCAGGAAGGGUUGGAGGGCAUUAGGGUUAAGGGCAGUUACUCCAUCAAAAUAGAGGCUGUUGUGAGAUGUAUGCUUGGUAUUCAGAAGACGGACCCCACAGCCAAGGUCCUGGUGUUCUCCAGUUGGAAGAGUGUUCUGAGCAUCAUCGCUAAGGCGUUAGAGGAAAAUAGCAUCACACACCGCACUCUGUACACAGGGAAAUUCCAGAGCCAGCUGACAUCGUUCCGGGAGGAAAACGAUGUAACAGCCCUACUACUGCCCAUACAGUCAGGUUCUAAUGGCCUGAACCUGAUAGAGGCCACAUAUGUCCUACUGGUGGAGCCCAUCCUCAACCCAGCACAGGAACUCCAGGCAAUUGGGCGUGUCCACCGUAUAGGUCAGACCAGAAAAACUGAAGUCCAUCGAUUUCUAGUCCGUGGUACUAUUGAGGAGAAAAUCUACUCUGUGAUAAAAACAAUUGAAGAUGUACCAUCAAGUCAUAAUACAGAGGAGAAUGUGCUCACCAUCGGACAUCUAACAUCACUGUUACACGAGGAGGAGGUUAAUCCAGAGGCAGGUACCUCUUUAGACACUGGGGAUAGCCAGGAUGUUCCAGACUCUAUAGAUAAUGAAGAUAGCCAGGAUGUUCCAGUAGAGGAUGCAACAGUUGAAGUCACAAAUCUGUCUAUGGACGACACAGGGAGUACAAAUGAUCAGGACAGAACUGAACAGGGUCAAAGUGAUAGCAGGACAGGGAAGGUAACUGCUCAUAUUGACAAUAGAUCAAGAGAGGUGUGUGUAAUUGAGGACUCGGCAUCAGAGAAUGGGUGUGUGCUGAGCUCGGGCGAGGAUUCACCUAACUCUGAUGUCGUGUGUUAUGAUCCAUACAUUUCCUGGUCUGAUGAGAACAGUGAUCAUUCAGACAACAGUGAAGAGGGACCAACCAGUGUUCCUGUUAUAAUUGAUGUGGACAGUUGUAGACAAAUCAACAACACUAUAACAAGCCCUGUAUUGGAUGUGAUAGAUGUGGAAUCUGAGGUUGUUGAGGAAGCUAUGGUUGUGGAUGAUGACUGGGAAUCACACAUUGUGGACCUGACUUCCACUGAGGUAUCAUGUGACACAGUUAAUGAUCCCCAAACUAAUCCACAGGUUAGUCCACAGAGACAACUACAACACAUCAUCCAAGAAGAUCCACAGAGAGUUGUGGAUCUGACAUCUGACAAUGAGGAGAUAGGAUCUAAAGAAGACUUACAGACGGGGGAAGAAAACCAACAAAGUAGUUCUCAGAUGAAUCCAAAAGAAGAACUAGAAUCUGAUUCAGAGGCAGGUCCUUCCUAAUGACAACUCUCAGCAUGUUUCUAACACAGUUCUAAGUGAAGACAAGAUCACAGACAGGUCUUAAUGAAAACUCAUAAAAUUACUCUCAAAUAGUUCCAAUUUAGGACUCACAAGCCUUUUAUCAGUCUAAGUGCAUACAGUAAAACCUGACUUUACCGUCCACUGACUUCAACGACAUCCUGUAACACCUUAUCUUAUCCACCAGGACAUUCCAUACAUUGUCUAUGAACAUUUACCCUGUUUUAUCCUGAACUUGUCUUCUCCGGAAUCCAGCAUGAAUUUUUGGUAUAGAAAAGCCAUGUACUUCUAUUUUCUCACUGAAUUUACUGGUCUACUUUAGAAAACACUUGUUCCUAUAAUACCAUUAAUUCAUUGUUCACAGGAUCCGACAACAGCUCGCCUUACAUCACCUUAACUGUACAUACGUCCCAACAACACCUCACCAGUACAUACGUCCCAACAACACCUUAUCUGCACACAGUACCAGACAUUGUAUUUACUUUUUGUAUUACUUUAUUACAUCAAUGCUAUGUGAUUACCGACACUGACUUUACAGACACACUGUCUGAUCUGACACAUUGACAAGGUCCCACUGUGUGUCAGAGAAGUCAGGUUUCACUGUAUCACAAACUGGUUUGCAUAAUUUCCACAGAAGUUACAGGACAUAGUUCUCUAUGGUAAAUCUACAGGUUAUUUCAUCAGAAUUGAUGGAAGAUAGUCCGAAAUGCAUACUGGAUAUAUCAUACAUGGAAGCAGAAUGUCUGAAACGUGUUGCAGUGUAACCUUGGAUGACAAAGUCUGAAGAAACAGGAGGAUGCUGUAACCAUAGAAACACUUUGAAACACAAGGAUACUGUAACCAUUAAACCAUAGUCUCAAACACAGGAAUCUUGGAUAUUGUAAUCAUGUAAUAAUGGUGUUUGAUGAGCCUGUUGAAUUGUACUAAAUUGGUGGAGAGUUUCAGAACAAUAGACACUAGGCUCUUAUAACUAUUGUAUUCUAUUGUUAGAGUAGACAGAGAGUUUCAGAACAAUAGACACUAGGCUCUUAUAACUAUUGUGUUCUAUUGUUAGAGUAGACGGAGAACAUCGGAACAAUAGACACUAGGUUCUUAUAACUAUUGUGUUCUAUUGUUAGUUAAGAGUAGACAGAGAGUAUCAGAACAAUGGACACUAGGCUCUUAUAACUAUUGUGUUCUAUUGUUAUAGUAGACGGAGAACAUCAGAACAAUAGACACUAGGUUCUUAUAACUACCGGUAUUGUGUUCUACUGUUAGAGUAGACAGAGAGUAUCAGAACAAUGGACACUAGACUCUUAUAACUAUUGUGUUCUACUGUUAGAGUAGACGGAGAGUAUCCAAACAAUGGACACUAGGCUCUUAUUACUAUUGUGUUCUACUGUUAGAGUAGACAGAGAGUAUCAGAACAAUAGACACUAGGCUCUUAUAACUAUUGUGUUCUAUUGUUUAAGUAGACGGGGAGCAUCAGAACAACGGACAAUAGGCUCUUAUAACUAUUGUGUUCUACUGUUAGAGUAGACAGAGAACAUCAGAACAACAGACACUAGGCUCUUAUAACUAUUGUGUUCUACUGUUAGAGUACACGGAGAACAUCAGAACAACAGACACUAGGCUCUUAUAACUAUUGUGUUCUAUUGUUAGAGUACACGGAGAACAUCAGAACAAUAGACACUAGGCUCUUAUAACUAUUGUGUUCUAUUGUUAGAGUACACGGAGAACAUCAGAACAAUGGACACUAGGCUCUUAUAACUACCGGUAUUGUGUUCUAUUGUUAGAGUAGACAGAGUAUCAGAACAAUGGACACUAGGCUCUUAUAGCUAUUGUGUCCUAUUGUUAGAGUAGACAGAGAGUAUCAGAACAAUGGACACUAGGCUCUUAUAACUAUUGUGUCCUAUUGUUAGAGUAGACAGAGAGUAUCAGAACAAUGGACACUAGGCUCUUAUAACUAUUGUGUCCUAUUGUUAGAGUAGACAGAGAGUAUCAGAACAAUGGACACUAGGCUCUUAUAACUAUUGUGUUCUACUGUUAGAGUACACGGAGAACAUCAGAACAAUAGACACUAGGUUCUUAUAACUAUUGUGUUCUACUGUUAGAGUAGACAGAGAGUAUCAGCACAAUGGACACUAGGCUCUCAUGUAGGCAGUCAACUUUUUUAUAUAUUAAUUCCAAAUUGUAUGUCGAUCGUUUCUGUGAUGAACUACAUGUUUACAAAAUUCUCUGUGAUAAAAAAUGUUCCGUUUAU